AUGGCUUCCGCCGCUACAGUCCAAUUUACAUUGACCUCUUCAAUAUUGGGUGAUUAUGACCACCGUCAGCCCUAUGCCUUUACCCCAACCGUGCCCACCAACAAUACGGUUGAUGGCAGCAAUGCUACGCCAGAUGACUUGGCAGAGGCAAUUCGCCUAGCCGCUCUCUGCCGAGGGGCUUUCAAUCUUCUCGAUGCUGAAAUGCCAAACUUUGAUCACUCAAAAUCGUACACGGCCGAUGAGAUUCUUUCGCUGCCCAUGGACACAGUUCGCCUGCCAGACGAACUGUUCAGUCUCCCGCGCCGGAAAUCUGCGCGAUCUCGUCUUGCCGUGGCCGUUGCAACGCUGUUGUAUCCCGCCACCCACGACACUGCUGUGUCACCCGUCAUUCGGUACGACGCGGCGAGGGUGAGGUUGCGUGCAUGGAUUGCCUUGCAGCGGAAACACGACAUCUUUGCCGCCACCAAACGGAACGGCCACAGCUUCCGCGGCUUGACCGGCGGGGCUGCCCCGGGCGUGCAUGCGCCUGUCUGGGCAUCCCGCAUCCUUGCUCAGGGCCCGUGGGACCCUUCCAAAUUCCCCGUGUCCCUCGCUGGCACUAAAGCCAUCCCGAUGCCCGUUUCCGUUGCUGACGCCGCCGACCUGGCUCCGUUCUUCAACCACCUCGAGCAUGGCGGCACCCACGAGCUGGAUGAGGCUUCCGCCGCCGGCGGCGCGCAGCAUCUCGAUGGAGGCAAAGGCGAGCCCUUCUAUGGCGUCAAAGGAGCAGAGUUUCGCAAAGGUGUCGUCUACCAAGACGGUCGCAUGGAUCUGUGCAAAAUGGUCGUUGGUCCAGACCACAUUGGCAACCUGAUGGAGAGCUUACGGCCGAACCCCUUCGUACGACAUUUCCUCCUGGGCAACAACAUCAUUGGCCCGGUUGGGGCUCAGGAGAUCGCGCGCUUCAUCCGCGAGUUCCCCGAACGCAUAGAUACCUGGUACUUGGCAGGCAAUUGCAUCGACGCCACCAGCUUCAGGGUCCUCGUCGAUGCCAUGGUAGACUCAGACGCAGUGACGAACGUCUGGCUGAAACGGAACCCAUUAGGUCCCGCGGCCGCUGCAGAUGUAUUCCGGCUCAUUACUGAGACCAAAAACCUCCGCACUCUCGACCUCGACCAGACCGAGCUGGGUGAUGCAGGCAUCGCAGAGCUGUUUCGACGCCUGACAGCUCUCUCCUCUGCAGCUCCCGGCCGUAAGAAACUACCCCUGCGAAAUAUAUACCUCAAUGGAAACGGCAUAUCGACCAAGGCCGCCUCUGCCAUCGCCGCUUUCUUAUCCUCUCCUGCCUGCGGAAUCGCCUCGCUCUACCUGUCAUGUAACCCACUGGGCGAUGAAGGCGCGCAAGUUCUCGCUUCCGGAAUUCGCCAGGCCACUCAACUCCAGCGGCUGUCACUCCAAUCUGCCGGUCUGACUACUGACGGCGCCAUUGACAUCUUCCGGGCUGUCACGUCGCAUCCCGGUAUGCGCAUGCUGGAUGUUGGCCAGGCAUAUGCGACCCUCGACCUCGGCCAGGCAUGGAAUUACAUCCAAAAUGCCGCUGCGCCAGUUCUCUGCGAGCUCUUGUCGACAAAUCAGACUCUCGAGUACCUGAACCUCGGCCAUUGCCCGAUCACACCGCCAGAGUUGCGAGAGAUCGACGCCGCUGUCUUGAACAGCUCCUUGCUGUACUACAGCGCCGACUCCAUCCUUCCUGACCCGAGCCGAAAGGAGCCAACGUUCAACCCAUCGGCAGAUUCGACAAUGCCAGAACUCCACUCGGUGUCAGCGCCAACGAAAGACGACAAGGCCAUUGAGAAAGCGGUCGAUGCCCACCUCGAAGCCAACGUCAGGGCCAGAUUUGGUACCGACAUGACUUAUACGAGGUUCCUCGAUGAGGAGUUGCGGUGGAUGACCAGUGACAAGACUGACGUGCGCAAAAUCGACUCGGUGUAUCGUAAUCGCGAUGCUGGUCUUGCUCGACGGAAAAAACAGGUCCUUGUUAAAGAUUGGGACAGCAACGACGACACACUUGACCGGGUUAUGAACGCCAAAGGUCCGUUUUGCACGAUGCGCAAACACUGA